AUGUGGUGGCUACUUACAACAGUGUGCUUGAUCCAGAUGGUUGGAAAUGCAUUUUGUUUGCUUGGAAAAAAACCUGUGAAUCCUGAAGCCAAUAUGAAUACUACUCAGAUGAUUUCCUACUGGGGUUACCCACAUGAAAUGCAUGAAGUUAUAACCGCAGAUGGUUACACCCUUCCACUCUACCGAAUUCCUCAUGGAAAGAAUGACGCUAAUCAUUUAGUCCAAAAGCCAAUUGUGUAUUUAUAGCAUGAUGUGCUAUUAAGUUCCAAUAUCUGGAUUUUGAAUCCUCCCAACAGCAGCCUGGGCUCUGUUCUGGCAGAUGCUGGUUAUGAUGUUUGGUUGGGAAACAGCAGAGGAAAUAGGUUCUCCAGGAAACACUUGUACCUGGAAACAGAUUUCAAAGAAUUCUGGGCUUUCAGUUUUGAUGAAAUGGUGAAAUAUGAUCUGCCAGCCACCAUUGAUUUCAUUGUGAAGAAAACAGGACAAAAGCAAAUUUAUUAUGUGGGCUACUCCCAGGGCGCCCUUAUUGCUUUUGCAGCAUUUGCAAUAAACCCACAACUGGCUGAAAAGAUUAAAAUCAAUUUUUCACUGGGUCCAGUUGCCACUCUUACAUACACAACAAGUAUUUUGCGCCUUAUUGCUUCCAUCCACCCAACACUGUUCAAGAUCCUGUUUGGUGAAAAAGAAUUUUUAUUCAAUACAUUUAUGAAUAAAGUCAUCGGUCAGAAUGUGUGCAACCGUGAGGUACUUGAUGCAGUUUGUAACAAUUUACUCACAUUGGUAGGUGGUUAUCAUCCCCAAAACUUAAAUGAGAGUCGUCUUGAUGUGUAUUUAACAGAAAUUCCAGCAGGAACGUCAGUUCAAAAUAUGUUACACUAUGCUCAACUUAUUAAUAAAGGUACAUUUCAAGCUUAUGACUGGGGAAGUCCAUCUCUAAAUAUUCUACACCAUAAUCAGCCCACUCCUCCAUUAUACCAUGUGGAAGAUAUGAAGGUUCCAACAGCAGUGUGGAGUGGUGGACAGGACAUUCUGGCGGACCCAAUAGAUGUUAAGAACUUGGAAUCAAGAGUAUGCAAUUUCAUUUACCAUAAGAUAAUUCCUUCUUACAAUCAUCUUGAUUUUGGAUUAGGAUUAGAUGCUUAUGAUCAGAUUUACACUGAAAUCAUCACAAUGAUGAAUGAAGCUCUAUGA